AAUGUCAAUAAUCUACGUCAACUGUCAAUGGUUAGGGCAUAGAUAAAAAUUUGCGUUAUUAAAUAGUUUUAUUUCCAUUUUAAAGUAUUUAAUACUAAAAACAGCAUAAAAUUACAGUUUUACGUGUCUAUUACUUAAGUUAAUAAAUAUCAAAUAUGCCACGAGGAAAAUUCACAAACCAUAAGGGACGUAACCGUAGGUUUACUAAUCCUGAAGAAUUAGAAGAGGAAAGGAGAAGGGAAGAACAACAGAAAAAAUGGAGACAACAAAGAGGAGAAAGCAGUAGUGAAGAAUCUGAAGAAGAGGCUGCCGCUGACAAAAAAAUUAGUGAAGAAUCAGGUUCAGGGAGUGAGUCCUCAGAGGAGAGCGAUGGCGAGGAUGCAAAAGCUAAGGGUGUAUCUAAGCUAAUUGAAAUAGAAAAUCCAAAUAGAAUUCAAAAGAAGACUAAAAAACUCACCACUCUUAACACAACUACGGAUUUAGAUAGUAAACCUCAGCUGUCAAGGAGAGAGAGGGAAGAAAUAGAAAAACAAAAAGCGCAGGCUCUUUAUCAAAAGUUGCAUGCGGAAGGAAAAACCGAACAAGCUAGGGCCGACUUGGCAAGAUUAGCUAUUAUUAAACAGCAAAGGGAAGAAGCAAAAAAGAGAAGAGAAGCUGAAGUGAAAGAAAAAGAAAAUGCAGCCAAAGAGAAGACAGCUCAAACAAAGAAGGCCCUAGGAAAAAAAUGAAUAUUUUUAAAUUGUUCAUACCUGAGUUACUCUAAUAUUUUUUAACAAUAACAUUUUUACCUAUGUUGUAACAAUCCCGUGGAAUAAAAAAAAUAAUAUUGUGUUUUAUAAUAAAUAAGUAUCUAUUUGUCAUUUUAUUCUAA